AUGCGAAAGUUGGAAUGGGACGACAUGGGAGUGAAGGUUGAUGGUCGGCAGCUACACCAUUUGCGCUUUGCUGAUGAUAUGCAUGGUCUUCAGCUGAAUCUACAAAAGACGAUGUUCAUGCGGAACGGAUGGGUCUCGGAUGCCCCAUUCAAGCUCAACGGAACGAACAUAUCCGAAUGCACCAGCUACGUUUAUCUGGGUCGGGAACUAAACAUGAUGAACGACCUGACCCCCGAGCUGGGCAGGAGGAGACGAGCGGGUUGGAGAGCGUACAAGAGCAUCGAGGAUGUAGUGAAGAAGACCAGGAACACCCGGCUCCGUGCUCACCUCUUCAACACUAGCGUACUUCCUGCUUUGACCUAUGCUUCGAAAACCUGGGCAUUUCGCAAGCAGGAAGAAAACGCGGUGAGCGUCAUUGAACGCGCAAUUGAGAGAGUGAUGCUAGAAGUAUCCCGUUUCACGCAAGUGAGGGACGGGAUUCGAAGUUCUCUCCCACGUCAGCGAUCGAAGAUUAGAGACGUCGCCGCGUUUGCCAAGGAAAGUAAAAUAAGGUGGGCCGGACACGUGAUGCGCGUUAAUGACAACCGUUGGACCAGAGCCGUGAGCGACUGGGUUCCCCGCAAUAUUAAGCGCACUACAGGAAGACCGCCGACCCGAUGGUCAGAUUUCUUCACGAAGUCCUUCAAAGAAAAUAUGAUGCUCUUCGUGUCCCACGCGAAAGGAAGAACCACUGGGCUACUCUGGCACGCGAUCGGGACAAAUGGAAGAAUUACUGGCGCCCGCUCGACCAGUUCGAAGACCAACGGGAGUCAAGGUGAUCAAGGUGAUGGAGGUUACUGGGCAAUAUGCCCAUUCGACAAGAAAGGCGACUGCAUGGUCUCUGGUAUAAUCUAUCUAAUUUCGUACAAAGUAUGUGGGGAACAAUACAUCGGCGAAACAGCGCGACCACUUAGUGCUCUCAUUGAAGAACAUCCAAAUGUCCAUUCAACAUCCGAAUGCCGCGACCCCUCUCGGAACUCAUCGCAGACAAUGUAA